AGGAGUGCGGCGAUCGACGUAAACAAGAUCGAAUGUCUGCGUUAGCGGCUGUGAUGUGCUCAUGACCAAGCAAAAUUUCUUUCCUUUCUGAACAAAAUACACGUUGGAUGACUUGAUGACACAUGAUGGAGGAGGACGAUCAAGCUGACAUACCUAAACCGUCCCGUCGGACCGGACAUGUGGCUGCGAGCUACAAAAAUGGAAUACUUGUCUGGGGUGGCUAUCGCGAAACGAUGGAUGCGACGAAGUACCUUCCCGGAGACAAAGUUUGGUUUUAUGACACCUUCAUGGAAAAAUGGUUUCUAAGACAGACAGUUGGAAAUGUCCCACAGGGCACCUCGGGAGCAGUUGCCGUUGUUUCCACGGAUCAGUUGUUCAUCUUUGGUGGUUUCCGGGGCAACGGGAACACGAACCGCCUUUAUAGGUUGAACUUAAAUUCAAUGAUAUGGGAACUGAUGGAACCCUUAGGAGCUCCACCGACCCCCUGCGACAAAAUGGUCGGCUGGUGUUACAAGGAGAAGCUAUAUUUCUUCGGUGGAUUUGGAGUGCAUCCAUCACACGGAAUACAGAGACAGUCGGACUUCCAUUUCGUCAUGGAUACUCAAGCAUGGUAUAAUCGAAGAGGGUGGAGCAACCAGUUUGUAGAAUAUGACGUUGUCACAAAUACAUGGAACUGGCCCUUGUACAAGGGAAAAUCCCCCGUUCCCAGAGCAGCACACGCAGCCGCCCAGAUGGGAGAACUGGUGUAUGUCUUCGGAGGACGCCAUCUUGGCACCCGACUAAACGACUUGCACGUCUUCGACAAUGAAGCGAUGGCCUGGUCUGGACAAGUCGAGACGACAGGGAGAAAACCAUGUGGACGGUCUUGGCACAGCUUUACCGGGGUCUCUGCUGGCCACAUUGUGCUUUACGGUGGCUUUAGCCAAUCGGAAGAACCACUGAGCGACUGCUGGCUGUACCUCGUAGGACCCAAGACGUGGGUCCAGGUGGAGAGGGAAUACCCUCCAAGGCUAUGGCACUCCGCCUGCCUCAGCCGGGAAGACGAGGUGGUCGUCUUUGGAGGCUGCGCAGGGAACAUUUUUGGGCACACUACGGUCAAGGCGGAAGAUACCAUCAUCCUGCUACAGUUCUCACCGAGAAGCCUUUAUCUGAUCUGCCUGGAGAAAGUGUCUCAAUUUGGCCGCUUCCUGCAGCCGAUGCUGCGCAUGUUGCCGCCGACGGUGUCCGAAGCCCUGUGUCAGAAGUACGGGAGCCCACUUGGCUCCGUCUUGGCCGGCUGUUAAUGCGAGCACGUCGAGAGAAGGUUGUACAUAAAUGAACGAUAAUUUAUUACUGCACAAAUUGCAAUAAAUGUCGGUGCUCUAUAAUUCUUCA